AUGGGCUCGACCAAGGUUGUCCGCCGCCGAACUCCUGCCUCAGCGCCGUGUCCCGAGUGCGGUCGCGCCUUUUCUCGCAACGACAGCUUGAGUCGCCAUCUCAAAACACACCUGAACCACGCAGAAGAGCGGCCGUUCCACCGAAUCAUCAACGAAAAGUUCCGCGCAUGCAAUCAAUGCCGCAAGUCCAAGAUCCGCUGCACGGGGACCAACCCCUGCACCCGCUGUGAACAGCUUCAGGAACAAUGUUCUUAUGACCAAAGCCGUGGGGAUGACAGGGCGUCGUGGGCGCAUCCUCCUCCAGCCAUGUCCGUCUCGGAGGAACCGCGAGAGAAUGCUUCAGCUCCCUCGCCGUCGCCACCACCAUCCUCAGGCGGACAACAGCCACGGGGCCGAGUGGCCGUCCAAGAAUCGGAAGAUCUCUCGCUGGGUGCUGCUAAGACCCCAGACGACCGAUUGGCGCUGCCGAUUUCCUCGCCAGAGAACACUGCGGCGAUGCUUCACCUUGCGCUGGCUUCGAAUCCCGAGACUCGAUCGGUGGAUUUCGACGGCGGCAAGGACUUCUCAGUCAUCCCAUCGACAUACGUCUCUCCGACGUUUCACAUAUUGGAUCCUUAUAGUUAUAGAUUGCCCUCUAUAGCUGAUUCCCGCGAGGCGCCUACACCGAGCAGCCAGGCGUUUGCGCAAUGCAAAUACCCUGUUCUGCAGUACCUGUCGCCAUUCCUGGAUAGGGAUUUUGGAUCUGGUCUUGCCUGCGACCUCCUGGACACCUACUUCUCGAGCGCCUUUCUCAGUCGCAUGCAUCCCACAUGCCACCACAUCCACAACUUCAUCUUGCGCCGGAUCGACGUCCUCGACCCUUCUCAGCCCCGUCAAACUCAUCCGGCGCUCUUGGGCAGCAUGCUGUUUGUGGCUGCCUUCAGCGACAAAGCUCUGGGCUUGUUUAGUGGGCCCGAGGAGAAGGAUCGAGUCUGCAAGUAUUUGAGUCUGCUCACGUAUCGACUGCUUAAUCCCGCCAGAUAUGAGCCGUUGUUGAGACAGGAAGACUUGGGGUUGCCUCCCAUCUUUGGCUCGGAAUCGGGAUGGAGCAAUGAUGACCUCCUUCGAGCUUUGGACAUCCCGAACGAUACCUUCCCUGAGUCCUGGGGCAUGGACUAUAUUAUCGCGUUUAUCCAUGUUUCCUCGGUGAUUUCAGGGAGUGAGAAGAAGGCGGCAAGCAUCAGAUGGUGGAGUGUGGCUUUCAACCUGGCGAGAGAUUUGAAGUUGAAUGAGGAGGUGCAGUCCACCAUAAUGCCAUACGAUGCAGGGAAUGGAUCAACCAGCCUGAAUUGCAAGUGUUCCCUGAGUCAGCACGCUGAGGGAGACUUCAUCAACGAAGUCCAGCGAGAGGAGCGUCGCCGGACGUGGUGGCUCUUGUUCCUGAUGGACCGACAUCUGGCAUUGUGUUACAAUAGGCCGCUCGCACUGUUGGAAGCCGAAUGCAGAGAUCUGCUGCUGCCGCUCGACGAUGUCACCUGGCAAUCCGGUGCGCAGCCACACAGCCACGGUACUCGUGCUGAAGGGCCUCGAUGCAUGUUACUACCUUCCGGGACUGGACGCUCACAUGGGCCUCCCAAGAUCUUUUCGGGAGUGGGCCUCUUCGAAUUCUUCUUGCCGUUGAUGGUCCACUGUGGUACGCUCCUGGAUUGGAACCGGUCCCGCCUCCAUCCCGUUCUUUCGGGGGCGUCGAUCUGGAGUUCACAAGAACGUCAAAUCCUGCGUGAGCUUGAUCACUACCAAGCGACUUUGGAUCGGGUGACCGCGAGAAUAUACGCCGAGAACGACUCCGAGAAAGAUUCCGGGUGGAAGCCGUCUUCCGCCGCGGUGGCAGAAGAGUCUGAAGCAACGCACAUUGCUAAGACUGUUGCUGGGUACGCGAGCCACAUUGUGAGCGUUCUCAGGAUCCUGGUGGGUUCAAAGUGGGAUCCAGUUUGUCUCUUUGAGGACGCCGAUUUCUGGACCUCUUCACUGGGCUUCAAAGACUCCAUGUCGCACACAAUGGCUGCCUCUGAGUGCGUUACCCAGAUUCUGGAAUGUGACCCGGACAUCAGUUUCAUGCCGUACUUCUUUGGUAUCCAACUCCUCCACGGCAGCCUUCUUCUCCUGCUGGUCGCGUACCGUCUACAGGCAGAUUCUGGGAAUGCGAUCCUGGCUGCCUGCGAGGCAGUCAUCAGAGCGACAGAAGCAUGUUUCGUCACUCUUCCAACGGACUAUCAGCGCCAGUUCCGCAAUGUGAUGCGAUCAGCCAUAGCCCUUGCCAAGGGCAGGAGGAGCAAUCCACGGGACACAGAAAAGCAAUUGACCUUCGUUUUAGCCAGAUACAGGUGGUCCAGAAAUGGAGCCGGCCUGGCUCGUUGAGCAUUGCCUUUGGUCCGGUCACAUUGUGGUGACUGAACUCGGUCCUCUGCUUGCUUUUGUUCGCCGUCUGUGGUCGCUGGUUCUAGCUUGCGAAAUGGCGUAGUAGGGAACAGUGAAAGCAGCCUGCACAUUAUGGGACGACGCCGUUGCCGUUCUCAAAGGUCGUAUGUUGCAAGGCUGAG